AUGGUAUUAACUCGGUCUUCAUCGAAGCAUGAAGAUUGUUCAUCAUCGGAAGCUACGUCACAGAAAGUACUUGUAGAGGCUCCUGCUCCUUCAUCGUCGCGAAAACCAGCCUCGUCACGUCCGCCUCGAUCACAGUCAGCACCACUAGAAAUGAACGAGGGCCAACACAGUCUAGGCGCCGCCGGUGAACAAGCAAGGGAAAGUGCAGGAACAACUCGUUUAGGAAUUACACCGUUAACAACACCGAGUAGAAGAACUCGAAGGAAGCGAUCAUCAAUGAGUGAACAGCACUCUGACGAUGGUAGCAACGUUAGUAUCAGCUCUGAAGGUUCUGCUGGCAGCACUGAGCAGCAAACAGCCUCUUCUUCACUGGUAGAAGGGACCCCGAGUGGGAAGAGCGCUUCAACACCAGCUAGAGGUCGCAGACGUUCGGCUUCAUCGAGUCUGGUGUCGCCAUCCCCUGCUCGUAUAACACGGGCAAUGAGAAAGGCUGGUGUGACUACCCCUAAGGAGGUAACAGCGCUAGAAGUCGUACCUGAGCAACGUGAAGAAGUCGAAGUUGAGGAUCCUUCUGUCCAGUCUCAUGGUGAAUCUAUCGCUCCUAGUAAAUCGCCUAAAACGGGCGCCACCGUUGAGGGAGUGAAGAACAAGCCGAGGACAGUGGCUUGGAGCGAGAAGAAGGCAUCGUCGCAAGCCGCAGAAGCCAUCAGUCUAGCAGUUGCAGAAUCUCCGAAAGAGCUCAAAGAUUCUGUAUUGGCUACAAAGUCACCUGAGAAACGCCCUACUGUCGCAGAAGUUCCCUCUCCUAGAAAGCCUGAGGGCUCGCCUCAGAAGAAAUCUCCUGCGCAGUCAGCUGCUAUCGAAGAAUUACCAGUGGAAGAGAUUUCUUCCUUGGCUCAAGGAAUUGCUGACAUAAUCUCAUCGCCUGAAAAGGUUGACAUUGAGAAGUCACCUCAGAAAACUCCCAAGAAGCAGUCAGCAGGUGAUGAAAAUUCCGAAGCAUUGCAACAAGAGUUAUCCAUGCAGUCACCUAUGGAGGUUGGCAAUAAUACAGAGACAUCAUCUCCUAGAAGCUCUGUGAAGUCCCCACUGUUGAAAUCUCCCACUGGAAAAGCUGUAUCGGAACUCUUACAAAAAGAUGUGAUACCUGUGGUGGAAGCUGCGACUGCAACGGAUACUACUGAAAGGGGAACCCCUCAGAAAAGAAAGCCUGACGACGAGAAACUGCGGGAGUGCGGGAAAAAAUCUCCUGAAGGAAAAAACAAGUCUGAGCAGGUGUUAGGAGAGGUGUCUGCUAAAGAUUCGACUGUCGAAUCUACCGAGGAACUGACCGAAAUGGUAAAGGGCGAUGCAGAGAGAUAUGCGAAGGAUUCAGAAGAAAUGCUUGAUGACAAUGAAGAAAUCAGUGGUGCUAUUGAUAUCUCCGUCCCUCCUAUGGAAAAGUACCAAACUCCUGAAGAUUCGACGAGGCAAGUCGCUAAGAAGAAAUCCGCGCCUAAGAUUUCACAAAAGGCAACAAAGGAUGUAGAUGAAAAGCCGGCGGCAAUCACUAAGAAGAACGGUGUUGCAGACGAGGAAUCAGCUUGA